CCGCCCCGCCCCCUACCGCCCGCCCCCUACUCUCUUAGGUGGCGCCGGCUUGCGGCCGGUGUGGCAGCGGUGUUGGUUCUAGAAGCCGCAGCGGGCACAUUUCCUGGACAGGCGGCAGGGCUAUGGUCGCCGGCUCCCAAAGGCCCGCUCCGCAUCUCAGCCCGAUCCUGAGUGCUAGCCUGAGCAUUCUCUUCAGCCGAGUCCCCCGGCGCGUUCGGCUGCUCCCCGGGCGCGCCCCCUCCGAUGGCGGCAGAAAUCCAGCCCCAGCCACUGACCCGCAAGCCGAUCCUGCUGCAGCGGGUCGAGGGGUCGCAGGAGGUGGUCAACAUGGCGGUGAUUGUGCCUAAGGAAGAGGGUGUCAUCAGCGUCUCGGAGGACAGGACAGUUCGUGUUUGGUUAAAGAGGGACAGUGGACAGUACUGGCCAAGCAUUUACCAUGCGAUGCCUUCUCCAUGUUCAUGCAUGUCUUUUAACCCGGAAACAAGAAGACUGUCCAUAGGUCUAGACAAUGGUACAAUCUCAGAGUUUAUUUUGUCUGAAGAUUAUAACAAGAUGACACCUGUGAAAAACUAUCAAGCACAUCAGAGCAGAGUGACGAUGGUCCUGUUUGUUCUGGAACUGGAGUGGGUGCUGAGCACAGGACAGGACAAGCAGUUCGCCUGGCACUGCUCUGAGAGUGGGCAGCGCCUGGGAGGUUACCGCACCAGUGCUGUGGCCUCAGGCCUGCAAUUUGAUGUUGAAACCCGUCAUGUGUUUAUUGGUGAUCACUCGGGCCAAGUAACCAUCCUCAAACUGGAACAGGAAAACUGCACACUGCUCACGUCAUUCAGAGGCCACACAGGAGGGGUGACAGCACUCUGCUGGGACCCAGUCCAGCGUGUGCUAUUCUCAGGUAGUUCUGAUCACUCUGUCAUCAUGUGGGACAUCGGUGGGAGAAAAGGGACAGCCAUCGAGCUCCAAGGACACAAUGACAAAGUCCAGGCCCUCUCCUAUGCGCAGCACACACGACAGCUCAUCUCAUGUGGCGGUGAUGGUGGCAUUGUUGUCUGGAACAUGGAUGUGGAAAGGCAGGAGACCCCUGAGUGGCUGGACAGUGAUUCCUGCCAAAAGUGUGACCAGCCUUUCUUCUGGAACUUCAAGCAAAUGUGGGACAGUAAGAAAAUUGGGCUAAGACAGCACCACUGCCGGAAGUGUGGGAAGGCCGUGUGCGGCAAGUGCAGCUCCAAGCGCUCUUCCAUCCCACUCAUGGGCUUUGAGUUUGAAGUGCGGGUCUGCGACAGCUGCCACGAGGCCAUCACAGAUGAAGAACGCGCACCCACAGCCACCUUCCAUGACAGUAAGCAUAACAUUGUGCAUGUGCAUUUCGAUGCAACCAGGGGAUGGUUACUGACUUCUGGAACUGACAAAGUGAUUAAGUUGUGGGACAUGACCCCAGUGGUGUCAUGAUGACUCUCCCAGGGACUAGGAGAUAGUUUUCACUGAAGAAGCACUUGAGUCCAGAGUCAUUACAGGAAGAGUAAAGCAGCCUUAUGAGCAAGAAGAGGACUGGAGGCUCACGGCGAGUCUGUGCCCUCACUACACUGUCACCGUGAACUAGUGAAAGUGCAGUCCCUCCCAGGACUCUUGAGUUGUCCAUACUACAGAGAAGAAGAUAUUUUUUUACCAAAUGGUU